ACGACUAUGUUGAGUAUACCACAAUAUAGUAUGGUAGCAAAUCGAGACAACACACACAUCAGCAUCUUCCCUUUCCGUAGCUACCGGUAGCUAUACAUCAAACCCCAUGGAAGAUGAAGCUUUGUAACCCCAUAGUUCCAGAACACCGUGACGUCAUGACGUCCAACCGGUGCAACGUACCGUCAUCAUGAGUCGAUAUCCCCUAAACGCUUAACGAACAAUCACCAUUUCCCAAUAUCGAGAUUUCCAUCCUGCACCUCACACCUCGCAUUCCAUCAACAUCUGUUAAUUACUCCGUCGUCAGCAGUAUCAACAAACAUUGGAAUCUUCAGCCAUGGCUCCCAAAAUCCUUGUCGUCCUUACCUCGCACAACAAGCUCGGAAACCUCGACAAGCCCACCGGCUGGUAUCUCCCCGAGCUCGCCCACCCCUAUCACAUCCUCCGCAAUAAAGCCGACAUCACAGUUGCCUCGCCAAAGGGCGGCGAAGCACCACUGGACCCAGCAUCCAUCGAAGCCGCAAAGGACGAUGUUUCGGUGAACUUCCUGAAGAAUGACGAACAGGUGUGGAAGAAUACGCAAAAGCUGGAGACUUUCGUAGGCAAGGCGAAGGACUUCGAUGCCAUCUUUUACGUCGGGGGCCACGGACCCAUGUUCGAUCUUGCCGACAAUCCCACAAGCCAGCAGCUGAUUAGGGAGUUCUGGGAGGCGGGGAAGAUUGUUGCGGCUGUCUGCCAUGCCCCUGCGGUCUUGUACAAUGUUAAGUUGUCGGAUGGAAGUCUCCUUGUCGCGGGCAAGGAGGUCACCGCCUUCACGAAUGCCGAGGAGGAGCAGAUGGGCCUGUCGAAGGCUGUGCCUUUCCUUCCGGAGGAUGCCUUGCAAAAGGCUUCUGGAGGGAGGUUUGUCAAAGCAGCGGAGCUGUGGGGCGAGAAGGUUGUUGUUCAAGGCCGUCUGAUUACGGGCCAGAACCCGGCGAGUGCCACGGGUGUGGGGAAGGCUAUCGCAAAGGCGUUGGGGAUUGAUUCUGGUUCAUCUUAAAAGUUGGUAAAUGAGUACAGGCUCAGUCUUAUUUAGUAGGGCCGGCAGUAUUACGGCAAGGUUGCAGCAGCAAAUUGUACCAUGCAGUCUACAAUGGUUCUUAAGAAGCUCACCCUGCCGUUUGAUGUCCUUACCCAUGAUAUAAUGUGCACGGAAUCAUUCUUUUAAAACUGUAAGAAUCUCAUAGUGUCCAGAAUCACGAGUAGACUCCGUAAAUCGCCCAAGAUGACAAUUAGUUCAUUCACCGAAUA